UGCUUUGUUGUGAAUUUUCUUAAUUUAUUUUUCAUUUGGUGUUGGUAGUUCGCAGUAGUAGUAUGUGACCAGUUGUUCUUAAUUUUUGGAAAUUCGAUUAGAGAUGUUUUAAGGAAUCAAAUUGAAGCAGUUGUUUCGAAUGAGGAACAGAAAAUGAUCAAAGUCCUACUCCUGUCCUCUCUGUUACUACACUAUUCACUGCAGUCUGUUUUGCAGUUAGGCAGACAUGGAAAGUUGGGGGUGAAUUUUAUGGGGUUCAAAGCCGGCUUGGAUUUUGCAAAUGGGGGCUUGAAGUCUUACGCUGAAACACCAUUUGGUCAGAAAGCUACAGCUGGUUUCCAAAGAAAUACUGGUCUUUUUGCUGGAGCCGAUUCUGGAGUUAAAAACUACUUUGCUAUGGCUGGACUUGGCGGAAAGACAGUUGGAGCGUUCGGGAAUCCUGUUUCACCAUACGAACGAAUCACAGCAGACUGGGGAUGAUAUAUCGAAGGAUUUCUAAUGAAUUCAUGGAAAAAUUCAAAAUAGACAUAUUGUUGUAUGUAAUAAUUUCUUAGUUAUUGUUAUAAUAGGGUAUUGUAGGUGUAUAACAACUAUUUUAUCAUUAAUUGUAAAGAACAUAGGUCUUUCAUGUUAAAGGUUAACUAAACCAUUUUCAAUAUGCAAAUUAAAGAAUCAACUUUGUAGAAUA